AUGCCGGUGAGGGUACCACGUCGUGAAAAUAUGAGGCAAGCGUACCAAGUUGAUCCUCCUAUCAGCGAGGUGGGCAGGAUCAUGGCACAGAUAUUUGCGCGUGAAUUGGUUACUCGGAACGCAGUUCCGAAGGCGAUUUAUACAUCGCCCAGUCUGGCAUGUGUGCAGACAGCAGCUGAUAUACGGAACUUCAUCGGGAACGACUGCGGUGGUAUAUGCAUUGAACCGGGUCUGGCAACGAACCAAUGCGCAGCGUCCAGCUGGAUGAGUCCAAGCCAGUUCAAUCAACUCAAGUACAACGUGGAGGAAAACUACACCCCAGAGCAGCAAAACCAGUGUGAUCGAAGCAUGAAUGGGAGAUCGGAUAACCUGAAAAAGCUGCUGUUCAGGCUGUCGCAGAAGGGGAAGGGAGUAGCGUUGUUCAUAACGGAUCCGCUGGGCCUUAGAUUCGUUACUGAUCAGGGUGGCAUGGGAGGAAAUGAGAAUGAAGAGCAAGCGCGCGCAGCAUGUGCAUUCCCUCCGAUGUCGUCGGUUGUUUUGGUUUCCAAUUCUCAAAGAGGAGGGUUGGAGCCAUCGCGUCUCUACAUGCGACCGUUGACAACAAUCGGUGAAACUUCGCGGCCAGAGAUUGAAGUGAACACGGACGCCAGGGCAAAGCAGUGA